CACCUCUUGCUAGGGCUCUCUGUUCAUAGCUACUUGGCCAGAGGAGAAACCGGGCGCGGAACAUGGGCGAGCAAGUGGGCAAGAUGGACGAGGACGUCACGGAUCCGCCAGUUGGGGACUACAGAAAGCUGUGUUCCCACUACAGCCGCGGGUGCUCCUUUGUGUCUCCAUGUUGUGGUAAGGUGUACCCAUGUCGACUGUGCCAUGACGACCAGGAGCUUACCCACAAGAUUGAUCGCUACAGAGUCACAGAGGUCCAGUGUCGCAACUGCCACAAGAAACAGCCAGUUUCCAGGUGUUGCUCAGAUUGUGGUAUCAGUUUCGGUAGCCACUAUUUCUGCUCCAUUUGUCGUCUCUAUUCCGACGACGACAAGCAGCAGUUCCACUGUGGAAAAUGUGGUCUGUGUCGGGUUGGAGGGAGGGAGAAUUUCUUCCACUGCGACACGUGUGGCUAUUGCCUCUGUCUCACGGUGAAGGAGAGUCACUUCUGUAGGAGGCAGGCCUCUCACGAUAACUGUCCCGUGUGUAUGGAGGAUCUCCACACUUCGCUGUCUGCCAUGCAUACAACGGAAUGUGGGCAUCUGCUACACAUGAUGUGCUAUACACAGAUGCUACAAAAAGGGUUGUACCAAUGUCCUCAGUGCCAGAGGAGCAUAACGGACAUGAGUACUGCCUGGCGUCGCCAUGACGAGGAACGAGAAAUGUGGCAGAUGCCGCAACACCUCCGGGAAUUCAAAGUCAAGGUGAAAUGCCGAGACUGUUCUCGGGAGACUGAGACUGAUUUCCACAUAGUCGGGCUAAAGUGCACCAACUGCGGCUCCUACAACACUGUCCGGUGUGGGAAUGAGGAGAUUCCCGAGGACCAGGGGGGAGGGGAGGAGGUGAGGCCCGGACAAGUCCUGCAGGAGAUGCUGAGGAUGAUCAGGGAGAUGAGACAGAGAUACAGGGAGAUAGCUAGGGCAGCAGCGGGGGACGGGGGGAAUGGAGAGGAGGAGGAGGAGGGGGAGGAGGAGGAGGAGGAGGAGGAAGAAGAACAUGAAUCAACUGAUGAAGAGUCCGGUGCCGAGAGUGAUAAUGAAGAGAGAGUCGAACCGCUCCUCACAGAGGAGGCCAGUGAUAACCAGACUGGCUACGAGGCUGAUGGCAGUGGAACCGACGAAGAGCCCCCGUCGUCAGGAGCCACUGCACCCACUGCUCCUACCCAACAUUCUGCUGUCAGUCCCCACGUGGAACCGGAAUCGGACCAAGCCACGGCGUCAACCCCGUCGGUGAGGUGGUACGGAGAGGAAGAGGAAUCGAGUUCAGAACAGGAAUGGCCCAUGACGCUGCCGACAGCCCUCAGUGAUUGGACCACCUCCUUUACCCAGUCCGGUUCCCAUUCCUCGGGGUCCGAUUCCAGCUGGGAGACCGAGGAAGAAGAGGUAAUAAUUGGAGGAGACGCGGGUGCUAACGACCCCCACGUGCAACACUCUGAGGAAGAAAACUGGGAGAAUGAGCUUGGCGACACUGAAACCGUGGCAACAGCUGCGUUACCAAUGGAAACGUUUCCAACCGGACCGCCGAGUAGCAAUGCGUAUGAUGCCCAUAUAAGGCUAGACCAGAAUGGUACUAUUCAUCACAACCCACUAUCCCCUUCCAUUCACGAGUCUCUCAGUAGAGACUAGAACAUGCUGUAUGAUAAUAAGUACACACACCCAGUCAAUGUAUGCAGUGUAUAAAAAACAAGAUGACUAUUUUCCGAGUUCACAAAUUUGACAAUACCAGAAACUUCUUUAGAUGCAACACACACACUUGAGUUUUUAAUGCAUCUGAAUGUGUUGAUCA